AUGGCUUUUAUUAAGUCAUUGCUAAAUUCGAAUGUACUACAUAUUUUCAGAGGGUACAUAAGAGGUAUUUUAGCAGAUAAUAAUGAAGGUUUUACUCCGCGUUCAACAAAUUUUUGUAUAUAUAAACAAGUAGCUGAUUCUCUUUCUAAUAACAUUAAGGAUCUAGUUCUGCAUGUUCUUAAUGAAGAACUGGAAAAAAGCAAAGAAGAAAAAUUAAUAGGAACUAUUGAUCUUAAAUUAAUUGAUCUUAUUACUGACGAUUACUUAUAUAUAAAUGCUCCAAUUUUGCCACUUGAAAAUAUAUUCAACAAUGAAUUUGAGAAAAUAAUAAAUAACUGUAAAUAUAAAUCCAACAACUUCAUAAUUAUUGAACUGCCAAAACAUUUUAGAUUAAAUGUUCUAUCCUCAAGAGAUUUAACUAAUGACCAAGUUGAAGAAGAUAAUCUUGAUUCUGAUGAUGGGUUACGCAAUGAAGUAAUACAUUUUGGAGUUUUUAAUACAACCACAAAUGAUCCUUCUAAUGAAUUUGAAGAGUCCAUCUACAGAGUAUUGAAAAGAUUUAUAGAACGUACUAUGAUGCAGGAAAACUUUAACAUUCAUUUAAUCAUGGUUUCACCAUAUUUUAAACCACCCCAAGUUCUUUUAGGAAAAGGAAUGUUCGAGAUUUACCUUUCUAUUGAAUGGGAAACUAACAAAUCUAAUUUAACUCAACUAAUCAAAGAUAUUUUUGAAGGUACUGAGGUCGCAAACGAUGUGAUUGAGAUGAUAAUUGCUUCUAUUUCAUAUCAAAAUAGUGCAUAUUCUACAUUAAUUGACUUGUGUUAUGAGCUAAAACAUUUUCUUGUUGUUAAGUAUAUUGGAAAGAGAGUAAUAAAAGGAAAAGAUGCAGAUUUAAAUGGUAUGAUGAAAAUUAGAAAUGAGGACGUGCAAGAGUUCUUGCAAAAAUAUAAUUCAAAGAAAUUAAGUUCUUACUAUUCUUCAUCUAUUGACUCUUUGAUUGCAACCAAAAUCUCAAUAGACAACGAUUUUGUGGGGCUAAACGAACUUAGAAAAAUGAUUAAAAAGUCCAUAAGUGCAUUAGAACAAUUUAAUAACCACUCUGAAUUUUCUGGAAACGAGCUUGAUAUGUAUGGAUAUCCAAUAUCUUGGUUUUUAUGGGGAAGUUCAGGGAGUGGAAAAAGCACUCUUGUUAGAAGUAUGACAUCGAUUAGUCCAAAAGUAAAGGUGUUGUUUUGUAAUAUUAUUGACUUAAUAAGCCCUCUCCACGGAAUCACAACACGGAAUCUUAGGCGUAUAUUUAAAAAUGCAAUGAAUUCUAGGCCAUGUAUAUUAGUUUUUGAUGAUAUUGAAACCUUGGGAACUUUCUCAAAAAAAGAAGACUUAAAUGAAGGUGAAGUUAGAUCUAAAAUUAAUAGAGAGUUGGCAUCUACUUUAUUAUAUCUUCUGGAUUCAGUUAUCUCUAUUAACCAGGACGUAGAAUUGAAUAAAGCUCUACCAAAAUUAAUAGAUAUGAAUCUGCAAGAGGGUAAUGCAAAAGAAACGAUUGAUCAAUUAAACUCUCAAGUAUCAAGAAAAGUAUUAGGUUUAAUGAUAAUUAUGACAAGUAGAGCUAAUAUGAGUCAUUUUAUGCCAGAACUUUUAUUAAAAAUCCAAAGACAUUCUUUUCUGCAAUUACCAUCGACGAAAGAACUCUUAGAUAGCAUUAGUAAAGGUGAUGAUUCUGAAAUAUCGAUUGCUGCACAAGAAGUUGCUGAUGAAAUUCAGAAGCUAAAAGGGGAUCGGUUAAUUAAUGUUAGUGAAUUCAAAAUCCUUGUUCAAAACAAGCUAUAUGAGAAGUAUGCCAAUAGAGAAUCAAAUUCAAAUAUUUGUGAGACAAAUCCUUAA